CGCCGCUCCGCCCCGCGGGGCCAGGAGCGGAGCCGGGGCACAGCGGGGCAGCGAGCGAGCGGGCCGCCGAGCCGAGCAGGUCUCAUAAGUGAAAGAAGAUGGGGUCUGGCUGCUUAAAAGUCACCAAGUACUUCCUCUUUCUCUUCAAUCUUCUGUUCCUUAUCCUGGGUGCUGUGAUCCUGGGUUUUGGAAUAUGGAUUCUGGCUGACAAAACCAGUUUCAUUGCAGUUCUACAGAUGUCCUCUCCCUCCCUGAAGGUUGGUGCGUACAUCCUCAUCGGUGUUGGGGCUCUCACCAUGCUGAUGGGGUUCCUGGGCUGUCUUGGAGCAGUCAAUGAAAUCCGAUGUCUCUUGGGUCUGUAUUUCACCUGCCUGAUGGUAAUCCUAAUAACUCAGGUUGCUGCUGGACUGAUCAUCUACUUCCAGAAAGAAACGCUGAAACAAGAGUUGUCCCACAUUGUUGAAAGUCUGAUUGAAAAUUAUGACCCUUUGGAUGAUGAUAAGAGGAACUUACAAGAUGCAUGGGACUAUGUGCAGACACAGAUCGCUUGCUGUGGCUGGAUUGCAGCAAAGGACUGGGAAAAUAAUGAGAUUCUUAUCAACCAAAGCAUGACUGCAUAUCCUUGCUCCUGCUCCAAUAGUUCCAAGGACUUGCAGGGAGACAGCGGCUUCUGUAAUCUGGAUGUCCUUAAUAGCACUGUGACAUCUGAUGACUGGCCUGUUCAUGAGCAGGGAUGCAUGGAUGGUGUAGAGAAGUGGCUGAAGGACAACCUUGGUGUCAUUCUUGGGGUCUGCACUGGCGUUGCUGUUGUAGAGCUGCUGGGAAUGAUACUGUCCAUUUCGCUCUGCAAGAACAUACACAGUGAAGACUACACCAAAGUGCCCAAGUCUUGAGUUGACUGACUCCAGAGCUAUGGCAUCACAGAGAAAGAAGCAAACAGAACAUUCCUGCCUCAUACCCAGACUGUCCAACCAUUGACCAUUAUUCCUGUGACAUCCCAUUUCUGAUACCACUUUGCUAAGACCUGUUAGAGCUGCAGUACAGCCUGAUCUUCUGGCAAUAGGGCCCUCGGGCCACCUGUAUCCUGCCUCUGGACUAUUUCUCCUUCAAGAAGCAGAACUUAACUGUCUCGUAUCGCAUGAGACACAAGUUAACCUGAGGGGACAAUGCUUUUGCUGCCUGCUCCAUGUUAAACAAUAUUAUUCAUAUUUCCAUUCUACAACCCACUGGGCCUAACAUACAAUAAAACCUCCCUCCCCUUGUUCUUCUCCCGUAUAUCUUUCCCCUUGCCCCCAGAAGUCCCAUCUUGGUCCCAUGAGCCAGGGUUGCUGUUGAGAUUCCAGUGCUUUGGUAGCUUCACCUACUUCACUGACUUGUGGUGGUUACUAGCCAUGCUUUGCAGGCCUUCUCCUCCCUUGCAAUUAAACUGAUUUGGUUCCUAGGAUCUCUUCUGAAAUACUGAGUGCGACCCUCGUACUUGCUUCUCCUGCUUCUGGAGUCAGCUAUGCCUUGCCUUCAGUGGAGCGCUUCCCUUUGAACAUCAGAAGCCACUGGGAGGGAGCCAAGCAUAACUGUUCCUAGUGUGGUCUGGCAGAUUGUGGUGGUGCUGCUCAACUGCUUCUGGAAUGGGUACUUCCCUGGGGUUCUGGAUUUGACACAUAAAUGUUUCUCCCACUUGCCUCUUUACCUUCUCCUCUCCCCCUAGCACUGCUCUGCUGGCUCUUGUCAGCUUGGAGGCACUUCAGAGACUGCUGUAUAGUGUGAACUCAGCCCCAGGCUGGCACUGCUGGUUGCAUUCUUGGGUUGCCAACUUUUAUGGAGGUUAUGAUUAACUUGGUUCUUCCCCUGCCCCCUUUAUGAACAUAAAAUUUGUUAGUUGUGGUUUUUAAUUAUGAAUAUGGAGGGAUCUGACUGGAUUGCUGAUGCUGUAUAUUGGAUAUAUCACUGCUACCAGUGCCUGAUUUGGGUUUUGUAGUUUGGAUGCAAGAAUAAGUUGCUUUUAUUUCAGUUGUCCAGUCUCCUAACUCCACUGCAAUCUGGAGCCAUGGCUGCAUCCUGAGUUCUGUCUCAAGUGUAAGCAGUGCAGCAGAUAAAGUAGUUGGUUCUGCAGUCAUGCAGGCUGGUGGUUUCUGUACUUAAUGGCUGGGCUGUUCACUGUCCAGUGGCCAGCAAUGAGGAGUGGUGUAGAGGAGAAGAAAGUAGGAAAUGUAUGUGAAAAGCUGCCCCAGCUUCUUAAAUAAGGGAGCUGGGUGCAAAUCCUCAGUCUUAGAGGUGACUUGGGCACAACAGAUUUCCUGCAGUUGCAUGUGCCUGCAGUCACCCUGACAGCAGAAAACUGCAUGAGAGAGAGUGAAGUCGAUGGUCCUUGCUUGAUACCUGAUACAAAGUACUUGGUGAGAGAGCCUUUGCCUUACAGAGGUGGUUCCAGGAUGGUCUCUUGUUAGGGGUGGGGUUGGUAGGAUUAAAUUUAGCAGCAGUUCAGGGGAACGGCUUCACUACCUACUCAGUUUUCCUUCUGGGAAGAAAGGCUCCUGCAGGGAAUCAGGGUCCCAGCAGUGGGUGCCUGCUCUGUCCUUAUCUCUGGACACAGCAGUGACUGGGGAGAGUAGAGUGACUGGGCAACUAGUUUCUUUGAAGGUCUGAUAAGGCUUUGCUAUUUUGAGACACCUGCCCCCUCCUGCAUAGAUCCUUCAAGCUAACCUUUGCUACAGUGGAAGGCACUCUUCUUAGCAGUGAAGCUUGGUAGCUUUUGUAGCACAAAGUCUGUUCUCUAAUGUGUUCUUAUUUGUAAGAUUCUUGUUCAGUUACAGAUACCAAUGCUGAGCAGUAAGUAUAAAGGAGACCAUGCUGGAUUUCCUUUUUUUUUUUUUUUUUGCCUGUUUUUAGCAACACCUUCCUACUGGAAGGAAUGCAUGUACAGAUACAAAAGUCUAGAGGGUGAAUAUUUCUGUAAUAAAGACUUUGCUAAAAAAUGUA